AUGAAGCAGCCAGACAUCGACCCAGAAUGCUUUGAUCGCACCGAUCUGGUAUAUGUCGAGGACGACCUGAAUACUUUGCCGCAUGACAUCAUUUUCCACCGACUGCACUUUCUUGCAUGCCACCAGAAUACCGUUGCUAUCAGAGAUACAGAUCGCAGCUUGGAAAUCAGCUAUGGGCAACUUCUCAGCGACAUUGUCACAGCCAAAAACCUGGUGUUGAGCAAACUGCAUAUAUCAACUCUCGAACAACUUCGCGCAGACAAGGAGGUUUCUUUCCUCAUCCUUGCUCGUGGAUAUGAGUUUGUCGUAUCGUUCUUUACCGUCUUGGCCAUUGGCGGCAUCGCUGCGCCAACAAGUCCUCAUGUCACACUGGCCGAAGCUCUUCAUUUCAUGAAGACGAGUAAAGGGCAGGCUGUUCUUCACUCCCGCGAUUUCGAAGCUCUUGCUGCAGAGAUAUCCCAUUCUUCUGAGGUGUACAGUGAAUGCAGGCACGUUUGCAUCGAUUCUCAUCCGGACGUUAGGCUGCUCAAUCCCCGAAAGAUUCGAUUCUCUAUGAAGAAAAUCCCGGAUGUGAACAACCCCGGUGCUAUCAUUUUCACCUCGGGAAGUACUGGCAAACCGAAAGGCGCGGCGAUGCGGCGAUAUAACAUCUUAGUACACGCCCUGUUGCUCAUGUGGAAGAACAACAUCAACAAAGCCUAUACCAUACUCCAAAUGCUGCCCACACAUCAUGCUGCUGGGCUUGUUCAGAACACUUUGCCCACGCUUAUGGGUGGAGGCACGGUAGAGUUCACCCUUCCAAGAUUUGACGCAGCUGCGAUAUGGGAACGAAUUCGGCGAGAAGGAAUUCAAUCCAUUUCUGCAGUGCCAACGAUCUAUGUUCGAUUGCUGUCACAUUUUGAGAAUGUGCUGUCGAAACUGGACUCUGCGGAAAAGGAAAUCUAUCGAUCUGCCAUGAGCAAAGUGGGACAAUUUCAAUGCGGGACGUCAAGUCUACCUACAUCCGUGGCGGCAAGAUGGGAAGAACUUUUUGAGCGACGUAUCUUGGAACGCUACGGUGGGACUGAAUUUGGCAAUCCGUAUGCCAAUUAUGCUGGCUCCAAAUUUGUAUUGGGCUCGGCAGGCAUGCGGAACCCAGGAAUCGAAUCUUACCUAGAGAAUGGUGACCACGGGGAGAUAUUUGCUCGAAGUCCGCUGAUGUUCUCCAAAUAUAUCAACAAUGUAGAGGGCACGCGAGACUCCCUGACUGCUGAGGGCUACUUCAAAACUGGUGACAUUGCAGAGAGAGUUGAAGAUCACUACUUUAUCAAGGGGCGCAAGUCGGUGGACAUCUUGAAAACGGGGGGAUACAAGGUUUCAGCCCUUGAUAUCGAACACGCGAUGACGAAUCACCCAAAGAUUGCUGAAGCCAUUGUAGUUGGGGUUGAUGAUGACGAAUUUGGUCAGAGAGUUGCGGCUGCUGUCGUCCUGAAAGAGGGAUACCACGAAUUGUCUUUGAGCGAAUUGAGGAGAGACCUUCAGAAAAGCCUAUCCAAUUAUAAGCUUCCCUCGAUCUUGCGAGUAGUCCCGGAACUUCAGAAGACGGCGAAUAUGAAGAUACCCAAACAGCUUCUGAAGAAAGAAUUGUUUGACUCGAAACAUCCUGAUAUUGAGACGUGGCAAUUUAGCAAACCAAAAAUUUAG